AGCCAUCAGUAUCAAUCUCUCAAGCAGCGAUCAUCUGUGCACUUCUCGGAGCGCCGUAACAAGUUAUUGGAUAUAAUUGACACGAGGUCUUCAACGGCAACAUGUGGCGCGUUCAUCUGUUCCUUUUGCUAUCCACCUGCUUUCUCAUACCGUACGAUGCAAAGCCGACCACAGGCAGCUCAACGUCAGCUUCAACGUUGUCAGAGGCGCGACGUAGCAGCCAUAUUGGCCGAUUGGCGGCCAAGGAUCUGGCCGAUCUGCUUCUGGCCAGCAUGCAGGCGCGUGGCAUCAAGCUGACCGAAUCCCAGCAUUCGACGAUAAAGUCCCUGCGAAGCAUGGAGACGACCGAACAGCAGGGCGGCGCUGUGCUGCUGCAGGUGGGCAUGGAUGUCAUCAUCGAUGUGCUAAUUGGUAGCAAUGCGGAUGCCAGCUGCGAACGCGUCAUCAAGGAUAUCAAGAAGUCGUCUGAUAAAAAUAGCCUGACACUUGGUCUUAAAUCCUUCCUGGCACUGUGCGCCUUCAACAAUAUCGAGUGCUCACAGAAGCAAGUAGUGCAGAUCAUAAAGAGCACGACGUCAGCUAAACAGAGUGAGACAGCUAUACAGGGAACUCGAAUCACGCGCACGGCCCUCGAGCAGGCUGGCAAAUCUACCAACAUAAAAGGCGAUCGCGAUUCCAUCGUUAGUUUCCUUCAGGCGAGGAGCGUACCGGAGCUGAGCGCUAUUUUGAGCACGCUUCUGCAAGUGUGCGGUGCAUCCAGUGUCGAGGCUCAGAACAUUGUGCAGAAUCUGAUAGAAAUGGGCCCCAAAGACAGCACUGGCGUUAACGUGUUGCAGAUCAAUGGCUUUAGCACACUAAUUGUUUCCCUUAUGGAUAGCCUAACGUCUAUUGCUAAUGGCAACAAGAGCGGCUUCUGUGCCGCUACACCUGAGAGCUGGAUUGUGCGUUUACUGGAUAUGGGCGUGGCAAAGGUUAUUAUUAUGGGUUUAAUGACGGCCCUGGAUCGCUCGCUGCCUACCUCACCCAAUGCGCUGAUACAGCAAGGUAAUGCAGUCGCCAAUUUGGUGGAUGCUGAUGUUAGCAAGAGCUCGCCCACUUCCAAACGUGCCAGUGGUUCUCUUCCCGUUAUUGGCAACCUAUUAGGAAAUAGCAUUGCGUCUGGACCCACAAAUGUUGCCAACCAAGGCGGCAAUACCAUCACAACCGGUCCUAAGAAUUUGAUUAAGGGUAGCGGCAACACUAUUCUUUCUGCGGUUGAUGCAAACGUUCUUGCAGGAGUUGGUGUUAACGCCCUUAACAGUAUUACAGGCGUGGUUGGAGGCUCCAAUGGUGGUGGUGGAUCCAGUAGCGGUUCCAAUAGUGGUUCCGGCUCCGGCUUAACCCGAUCACAAAAUAUUGCAAACCAACUGGGCAAUAAUAUAUCACUGGGUCCCAAAAAUGUUGUCAGCGGUAGCGGAAAUACUAUUGCAAGCUUAGUUGAUGCUCAGGUUCCCGUGGGAGCUGAUGUGAAUAUUCUCAGCAGUGCUCUAGGCACGGUAACUGGAGGUUCUGGUGGUUCUGGUGGUGUUGCCGGUGGUCUUUUGGGUGGAGGUUCCGGUUCCGGUUCCUCUCGCUCUCAAAAUACUGCUAACCGGUUCGGAAAUGAAAUCACUACGGGUCCCAAAAAUAUCGUGAACGGUAGCGGAAAUACUAUCGCAAGCUUAGUUGAUGCUCAGGUUCCAGUGGGAGCCGUUGUCAAUAUUCUCAACAAUAAUCGAGGCACCGUAACAGGUGGUUCAGGUGGUUCUAGUGGUGUUGCCGGUGGUCUUUUGGGUGGUGGUUCCGGUUCCUCUCGCUCUCAAAAUACUGCUAACCGGUUCGGCAAUGAAAUCUCUACGGGUCCUAAAAAUAUCGUGACUGGUAGCGGAAAUACUAUCGCGAACUUAGUUGAUGCGCAGGUUCCUGUGGGAGCCGAUGUGAAUAUUCUCAGCAGAGCCUUAGGCACUGUAACUGGAGGUUCUAGUGGUUCUGGUGGUGUUGCCGGUGGUCUUUUGAGUGGUGCUACCGGUGGUCUUUUGGGUGGUGGUUCCGGUUCCGGUUCCUCUCGCUCUCAAAAUACUGCUAACCGGUUUGGCAAUGAAAUCUCUACGGGUCCCAAAAAUAUCGUGAGCGGUAGCGGAAAUACUAUCGCGAGCUUAGUCGAUGCUCAGGUUCCUGUGGGAGCCGAUGUGAAUGUUCUCAGCGGAGCCUUAGGCACCGUUACUGGUGGUUCUAGUGGUGCUGCCGGUGGUCUUUUGAGUGGUGCUACCGGUGGUCUUUUGGGUGGUGCUACCGGUGGUCUUUUGGGUGGUGGUUCCGGUUCCGGUUCCUCUCGCUCUCAAAAUACUGCUAACCGGUUUGGCAAUGAAAUCUCUACGGGUCCCAAAAAUAUCGUGAACGGUAGCAGAAAUACUAUUGCGAGCUUAGUCGAUGCUCAGGUUCCUGUGGGAGCCGAUGUGAAUGUUCUCAGCAGAGCUUUAGGCACCGUAACUGGAGGUUCUGGUGGUUCUAGUGGUGCUUCCGGUGGUCUUUUGGGUGGUGUUGCCGGUGGUCUUUUGGGUGGAGGUUCCGGUUCCGGUUCCUCUCGCUCUCAAAACACUGCUAACCGGCUCGGCAAUGAAAUCUCUACGGGUCCCAAAAAUAUCGUGACUGGUAGCGGAAAUACUAUCGCGAACUUAGUUGAUGCGCAGAUUCCUGUGGGAGCCGAUGUGAAUAUUCUCAGCAGCGCUUUAGGCACCGUAACUGGAGGUUCUAGUGGUUCUGGUAGUGUUGCCGGUGGUCUUUUGGGGGGCGCUACCGGUGGUCUUUUGGGUGGUGGUUCCGGCACCGGUUCCUCUCGCUCUCAAAAUAUCGCCAAUAAAGGUGGUAAUACCAUAACAACGGGUCCUAAGAAUGUAAUCAAUGGAAGUAACAAUUCCAUACUUAAGGCAGUUGAUCUCGAUCUACCUGUGGGACUCGGUGUGAAUCUGUUACAAAGCGCAGUAGGCACGGUUUCUGGUAGUUCCAGUGGUUCUGGUGGUGUCUUGGGUGGUGCUACUGGAGGUCUUUUGGGUGGCCUAACUGGAACUGGCUCUGGCUCCUCUCAAGGCCAAAACAUUGCUAAUAUGGGUGGCAAUCAGAUUAGCACGGGUCCGAAAAAUAUUGUUACUGGUAACAGCAAUAGCAUUGUCAGCUUAGUUGACGCAACGGUUCCUGUGAAUCUUGCCGUAAACGCGCUCAGCAGUGUUGUGGGAAGUGUAAUUGGAGGUGGUGCUGCCCGUAAUGAUGUCGUUCAGGUGGUUGAUCAGCAAGGCAAUCGUCUCAUGGACAUUUGGGAUAAGGACGGUGUGACUGCUGGCAGCGGAGGUAUUGGCAAUGAUUUAUCCAAUACCGUUAACAGAGGUCCAAAGCAAAUUGUUAUGGGCGACGACAACAAUAUUGUCAAGCUGGUUAAUUUGGAUGCGUCCGUGCUGGCUAGGCUUGAUCUGGCCAACGCCAUCCGGGGCAGCAGCGGCGCCUGCAAUGGCAUCGGCAAUAAGCUUGACAAUGAGCUGAACACUGGACCGGAGAACAUUAUUGAGGGCAAUCGUAAUACGCUUGUGACUUUGGUGGAUCUCAAUUUGGAUGUGUUGGCCAAUUUGAAUCUCUUGAAUACCAUUAUUGGCACUGUGGGCAAUGACUGUCAGGUGACGACGCCCGAGCCGCCGACACCCUCACCACCGACGCCCUCACCCCCGACACCCACACCACCGACCCCCUCUCCACCGACACCCACACCACCUACACCUUAUCCCCCAACUUCAUUCCCACCCACACCACAACCUCCCACCCCCUCACCACCCACCCCAAGUCCACCUACCCCCAGCCCGAAUAACUGCUACCGGCGCUACUGUCGCAAGUGGCGCACUCGCCCCAGUUACUUGUGCUACAAAAACUGCGGCGGCUCAUACGUCUACAGACCCUAAUGUGGACUUCGCUCAGGAGUUACGUGAACUGUUUUUGAAAAUGGGAUCAACUUCUGUCGCCCAUACACCUGUUAUUUAAUUUAGCAAUGGUUGCACCUAUUUAUUUAUUUUUUUUUUACUUUCUAAGUGAACUUGUUUAAUGUACUUGAUGUAUUGAAAUACAGCUGAAUUAUUUACUGUAA